AUAGCCUGGUGGCAGAUAGGCAGAACUAGAAAGCAAAUUGUUUGCAAGGUUUCGGGAAGAGCAAACAAGCUGCUGAUUAGCACCAGAAAGCAAGUGUUUAUAUCCCACAUAGGUUUAGCUUAUCAAAGAUUUAUUAAGUCGGUACAGUCACUUCUAGAAUAGAACACAAAGCACAUCGCCCUUCGGUUGGAAUUGAAUCGAAGGCUCGCCUUAGUAUUGUUCCAACAGUGUGUGAAGCAACUUAGCAGCAUUGUUCUAAGAAUUAAAGCUGUCCGAAAAUAGAGGAAAAAAUACUGGCGCACCGAACUUGAAAUGCUUGGGAAGCAAAAACUUUCGGGGCCAGUGACCCCGUUGCUCCUGUUGUUGGUCGUUGGCCUGCUGACCCAGUUCGCAAAUGGGCAGGUUUUCUACUAUCAACCGGAACAGGUUCACCUGUCGUUCGGGGAAUCGACCAAUGAAAUUGUUGUGACUUGGAGCACCAUGACGGCGACCAACGAAUCGAUUGUCGAGUAUGGAAUCGGAGGAUUUGCUUUGAGCGCCACCGGAACGGAGCACAAAUUCGUGGACGGAGGUCCCCAGAAGCACACCCAGUACAUUCACCGGGUGGUGCUCCGGGAUCUGCAGCCAUCGUCCCGUUACGAGUACCAUUGCGGCAGCAAGGUCGGUUGGUCCGCGGAAUUCUACUUCCACACCGUUCCGGAUGGGUCCGAUUGGUCUCCUUCGUUGGCCAUCUUCGGCGACAUGGGCAACGAGAACGCCCAGUCGAUGGCCCGACUUCAGGAGGACACUCAGCGGCACAUGUACGACGCCAUCAUCCAUGUCGGGGACUUUGCCUACGAUAUGAACUCCGAAAAUGCCCUGGUAGGGGAUCAGUUCAUGAACCAAAUUCAAUCGAUCGCUGCCUACACUCCGUACAUGGUUUGUGCCGGCAAUCACGAGGAGAAGUACAACUUCUCCAACUACCGAGCCCGGUUCAGCAUGCCCGGCGGCACCGAAAACAUGAUGUACAGCUUUAACCUGGGACCGGUCCACUUCAUAGGCUUCUCCACAGAAGUGUACUACUUCAUGAACUAUGGGCUGAAGACGCUUAUCAACCAGUACGAGUGGCUCCGGCGGGAUCUGGAGGAAGCCAAUCGGCCGGAAAACCGGGCCCUGCGACCCUGGAUUAUAACCUACGGGCAUCGGCCCAUGUACUGCAGCAAUGAUAACGAUAACGAUUGCACCCAUAGUGAAACGCUGGUCCGGGUGGGCCUUCCCUUCACGCACUGGUUCGGUCUGGAGGAUCUGUUCUACGAGUACGGCGUAGACGUGGAGCUUUGGGCCCACGAGCACUCGUACGAACGACUGUGGCCCAUCUACGACUAUAAGGUCUACAACGGUUCCCGCGAGGAACCGUACCGUAAUCCGCGGGCCCCGGUCCAUCUGGUAACUGGGUCGGCCGGCUGCAAGGAGGGCCGGGAACCGUUCAUCGGCAAGAUUCCGGAAUGGAGUGCCAUCCACAGUCGGGACUACGGGUACACCCGGAUGCGGGCCCACAACCGCACCCAUCUUUCGUUCGAGCAAAUUUCGGUGGACAAAGAGGGCGCCUCUAUCGAUGCGUUCACCAUCGUCAAGGAGCGGCACCUGCCCUAUCGGGAACUGCUGAAGUCGGAGGAAACGGUGGCCGAGGAUCGGCAAUGAGGGCAGUUUCGGCAUGAUAAUAUUGGUCAUUAAUAAACACUAGUUGCUUGGCUUUAUUUUGCGACACUUCUUCUAAGUACAGUCGAUAGGUUUUUUUAUUCUAUCCGUUAAUCUACUAAGAGUAUUUUGUGAUUCGACGAUCUGAGCCUGAAAGUUAUCCAUAAUGUGGCAGUGAACAAAAUUUGAAUCUACAAACGAGCCUAUCACAGAGCUAGUUUAAAUACAAAUAAAGCGAAAAUAAAGUAAUUUAAAAUUGUGCUGUUUUGAAUAA